AUACGAAUUUCCAGUAUCAAACCAUUAUUCACAGAAAGUAGUCUCGAUUGUGAAGAAAUUCAAUAUGAUUAAGUUUUUAUUCAUAUCAAUUUUCUAUACGGUACUGAUUAACGACGUGGUACUCUCUGGAAAAAAUAUUGUUUGCUACUUUGGUACGUGGGCUAAUUAUCGUACAGGAGAUGGGAAAUUCACAGUAGACAAUAUUGAUCCGAUCUUAUGUACCCAUUUAAUCUAUUCAUUUUUUGGAAUAAACAACGACGGAGCGAUUGCGAUUCUGGAUGCUUGGUUGGACCUAUCAGAUGGUUUGAAUUUUAUAGGAAAAUUCAAUAACCUGAAAAAAGCCAAUCCAGCAUUAAAAACGUUGGCAGCCAUAGGGGGCUGGAAUUGGGGAUCGAGUAAAUUUUCAACUGUUGCUAAAAGCUCCAUUUUGAGGAAUAAUUUUGCCGUACAAACAAGAAAAUUUUGUCAAAAAUAUGGAUUCGAUGGCAUCGAUAUUGAUUGGGAAUAUCCGGCUCAGCGCGACGGUAAUCCAUCCAUCGAUAAAACAAAUUUUGUUCUAAUGUUAAAAGAAAUGCGCAUAGAAUUCCAAAAGUAUGGUCUACUACUGACUGUUGCUGUAGCAGCAACUGCUAAUUCUGCGGCCAUUUCUUACGAUAUUCCUAGCGUUUCCGCAAAUGUCGACUAUAUAAAUUUGAUGGAAUAUGACUUUCAUGGUUAUUACGACGGUUUGACUGGCAAUAAUGCUCCAUUGUACGCUGGAUCAGCUGAUAUAACGGAAGCACAGAAACAGAUUAACGUAAAUAGUAGUGUGAAAUAUUGGCUCAAACAGGGAGCUCCCGCCGCCAAACUAAAUUUAGGAAUGCCAUUGUACGGCAGAACAUACACUCUAAGUAAUGCAAAUCAACAUGGUGUUGGAGCCCCAGUUUCUGGCGCUGGUGCUGCCGGUCCAUACACAAAAGAGUUUGGCUUUAUAGGUUACAAUGAGAUAUGCGAAAUCAAACUUUCUAACGCGUGGACGAAAGUUUGGGAUGAUAUUCAAAUGGUUCCUUAUAUCUACAGCGGUAAUCAAUGGAUUGGAUAUGAUAAUGCUCGAAGUAUUUUGGCAAAGUGUAAUUUAAUAAAAAAAUACAAUCUAGCUGGGGGUAUGGUUUGGUCAAUCGAAACCGACGACUUUCUUGGAAAAUGUGGAAAUAAAUUUGAAUUGAUUACCACUCUGAAAAAUUGCCUAACCUACAACAAUGGCAACCCUACAACUACAACACAGAAAACGACUACUAAGAGUCCGGUUAUAACAACAAAAUCCACUACCCCAGCGACCAUAACUAGUUCCUUUGUUUGUAAAUCUAAUGGCUAUUUCAGAGAUCCUACUGAUUGUACCAAGUUCUAUUAUUGCUACAACUCCAAUCGAUAUACAUUUAUAUGUCCUGCUAAUUUAUAUUAUGAUUCAAACAUAAACAGUUGCAAUUACCCUGCUAGUGUUAACUGUCCAUGAUGUCACUUCAAGCAAAUAAAAAAAAAACAAGCAUGGAAAUUCCAAAUUUCGAUUUGCCUGUGAACUUCGUCAUAACGUUAUUAUAUCAUAAAUAAAUAGGUAAAUAAGUCACCA